CUUUUCCAAAAACAGGUGAUGGCACAUCCCUGCUACCUUGCUUCCCAGCGCAUUGCAGUCUUUCUGAGCAUGCCGGAUGAGGUCCGGACCAAUGAACUUAUUAAAGACAUUUUUCAAAAAGGCAAAGAGUGCUUCAUUCCAUGGUACAAGCCCCACAGCAGCCACAUGGACAUGGUCAAGUUAGCGUCCUUUGAAGAAAUUGCCUUGCUCCCUCUGACAUCCUGGAAUAUCCAUCAGCCAGCUGAAAAUGACGUGCGGGAGGAUGCACUGGCAAUGGCAGAUGGUCUGGAUCUCAUCCUGGUGCCAGGGCUUGGUUUUGACACCACAGGGAACAGGCUGGGAAGAGGAAAGGGCUAUUACGAUACCUACCUCCGACGGUGCCUGCAGCAUCCGAAAGGAAAACCGUACACAAUUGCCUUAGCUUUCCAUGAACAAAUCUGUGGUUUGAUCCCCGUGUCUGAAACUGAUAUGAAAGUAGAUGAAAUUCUCUUUGAAGACUCCAAGCAAGAACUUUGAUGAGGAACUGACCAAUGCCUUUCACGGAAUUUCUAAAUAACUUCAUUCAUGCCUAUUCACAAUUGGGAGGUUCUGUGAUUAACCUUCAUACCAAUACCUCAACUCCAUACUUCUCUUGAGGAUGGUAGUACCACCAAUUCCUUCCAGUAGGGAUACUGGGAAGUUCUUAGGAAGAAAAAUCCAGUAUUUUACAGACACUAAUAUAGCUGGUAUUUUAAAACUUUGUUGAGCAAGACAGCAUCAGUCUUCCCCAAUGAGUGUAUCCUCCAGAUGUAUGGACUUCUGCUCAUAGAAUUCCCCAGCCAACGUGGCCAUUGCUGAAAAUACUUGGAAGUACACACAUCUAGAGGGUGCCUAGAUUAACAAAGGCUGCCCUUCCCCUGCCAAAGCCCCUUCUUCGGAUAUUAGCCAGUUGUGUUAAGAGGGUGGGACUAAUUGUGUAGUCUUUCUCACCUGAGUAGCACCUUCCUACAGAUAUUUUGGGAAGUGCUUCUAGGGACAAUGAAUACAAGAAAGGGGAUUUUAGGAUAGCGUCUUAUACUCAAGGUACCACAUAUUGGGUUUAAUCCAGGUUUGCUUUAUUUAUGAUUUAGUGACAACCCCAGUUGGAUGAGUUCACCCAAUAUACUAAGGGUAGCCAAAAGCUAAGAAUGGUUAGUACAAAGCCAGCCUGCAGCCCAGGUCCUUGAGGGGUGCUUAUCCAACUUCUACUCCUGACUGAUUCUUCCCCACCUUGCCAUCACUGAAAAUACUGGUAGUUGAAGUCCACACACAGGGAGGACAGGAGGGAGGAGGAGUGUGCACAUCUCCAUACUUAUAGGAGUUAGUGGGAGGGGUGCGUGAGCGAGCCAAGUAGUUUUGUGUCCACUGUCCUGAGACUCUCAUAAAGCAAGAAGGAUGUUGUUCAUUCCAGACUACAUUGUUUGUUGCUGACUCCUAGAGAGGAGGAUUUUUUUAGCCUUUUCUAGAAAUACCAGGAAUCAAACCUGAAAUCUCUUGGGAGCAACGCAAAACAUUCUACCCCUAAACUCCAGGUAACAUCCUAACGUUGGAGGACCUGGGACAUCAGCGGAGCUGCCCAGGAAUGAAAAAUGGGAGCAAGUUGGCACAAACCGGGGAAGUAAGAGAAUUCAGGAGCGAAACUCCUCCAACCCACUUGGCUGUGAAGGGAAAUCGUGGGUUACCAGCAUCUGUGACUCAAACAUUUGUCCACCAGCAUUAAGUGCAUAAAGACAGAAACAUCUUCAGGGUUUAAGUGCCUGCUUCCACUAUCGUCCCCUACAGUAGAGCAAAUUAAUCUGCUGCCAACUGACUGCCCAUUAUUGUUCAACUCCCACGGAAGGUGUCACCUGUGUGAAAUGGAACCUGCUAAUUAUUUUGACAGAUGCAUCACAGAGGACCAACCCCCAAACCACUUUCCCUAUUGCCGUUGCCUCUAGUAAUUGCUCUGAUUAACAGGGAAGUCUUUAGAAUGCACAGCCUAUUCCAAACACCGCUUUCACAUUCUCUUCUCGUCCCUCCUUAAGAUCUGCAUUCUUGGAGGAAAAAAAGAGUUUUUAUUUUAACGCAGUCUUAAGGUUUGAGGUUCCCCAAGGACACGCGUGACAAUUAACAGUACUUUUAAAAAAAUUCUCAAGAAUGAAGUGUAGCUUUCCUUAAACCAGAUAAAUUCUUUUAUUAAUUAGAAAGUCAAUCCAUUAAUUAACAGCAGAGCUCAGAAAGCUGUAUACACACCCCCACAACGUGUCAGAUUUUAAGCUCUCUCCAGCCUGCUCUUGGAUACACACAUCACACAUUGCUGCCACUAUCCCAGAACAGAGAAUUAUUUAGGUGGGCAAGAACCACACUUAACAUGGGGUGGGUGAAUGGGGGUGGGACAAAGAAAUAAAGUAGGAGGAGCUAUAUCAUGCACACUGGCAGAAGCAACAUCUUCCAUUUGUCCUGAUGUGGGGGGCAGGGGGAGUGUUAAUUUUUGUUUUCUUUAAAAAAUCUGUUAUGCCUAUUUUUAGGAUUACACUGCAGUUUCUUUUAACACAGGAAACUUUCACUGAUUUCCAGCAACUGAGAUGAGAGAGGGUUCCAGGAGGCACGGAAAUAGGAGUUUGGGGCUGCAGGUUGCCUGUUCCUGUUUCAGUUUCGAAUGGGGAAAUUAUCUGAAACCCCAAAGCAAAGGCAAACUUCCAGGUCUCUCCUCAACAGAAGCUUCCCAAUGGGAAAAAAAGACAACGCCCCCCAAAGUCAUUGAUUAAUUAUUUAGGAUCUUUAACAAUUACUCUACCAAAUGAAGGAGAAUCACAGUUAAUAUGAGGUGGGUCAUGCCACUGUAACUGUUAUAUAUCAACUGAAAACUGAAGCCUUUUUCAAAGAUAUGCUAUUGAAUUGAAUUCCUGGUGACUUCUUGGACACAUCCAUGCUAGUUUUCUUGGCCAUAUUACAGAAAUGGCUUCCCAUGA